GAAGGCGCGGGCCGCGGCCGGGACCCUCGCGGCAGACAUGGACUUGCAUUGUGAUCGCGCCGCCGAGCCACCGGCCGCCGAGCCGCCGUCGGGCAAGAUUAACAGAGCCGCCUUCAAACUGUUCAAGAAGAGGAAGCCGGGCGGCGCGAUGCCCAGCAUCUUCGGGGUCAAAAACAAAGGGGACGGGAAGGGCGCGGGGCCCGCGGGGCUGGUGCGCAGCCGGACGCACGACGGGCUGGCCGAGGCGCUGGCGGUGGAAGGCGGCCGCCGCGAGGAACCGCGCGCGGGCGGCGGGGACGGGGCGCGGCCGGGCCCCGCGGCCCCCCGGGCGGCCCCGGGCGGCGCGGGCCCGGCGGCUGGCGGCUCAGUGGCCAAGUCGCACAGCUUCUUCUCGCUCCUGCGGAAGAACGGGCGGCCCGAGAGCGGCGGGGCGGAGCAGGCCGACGCGGGCAAGGCCGGCGGCAGACAAAAGCGGGGGCUGCGGGGGCUCCUGGGCGGCGUGCGCUGGCGCAGGAAGGACCGGCGGCCCAAGGACGCGGCGCCGGCCGGGCGCGCGGGGGACCCGGGCAGCCUGGCGCGGCCGGGCUCGCUCACCGCCAGCCUGGAGUGCGUCAAGGAGGAGGCGCCCGCGGCCGCGCGCGAGCCGGAGCCAGCAGGUGAGCCCGCGGCGGGGGAGCCGGAGCCGGCCUGCGCCCCGGGAGAGGGCGCCGCGGGACCCGGGCGCGCCGAGCGGCCCCGCGCGCCCCCCGAGCCCGAGCCCGAGCCGCGCGCCGGGGAGGGCCGGCCGGCCGAGGACGCCGCGGGGCCCGGGGCCGCGCCGGCCGAGACUGCGCCCCGGCCCGACUCCGAAGGCGGCCGCGCGCCCGCCGCCCGCGACCCUUCUUCGGUCGAUCCGCCCUCCGACCCAUCGGCCGAUCGUAUUUGUCUGAUGUUCUCUGACGUGACUUCACUGAAAAGCUUUGACUCUCUUACAGGCUGCGGAGAUAUUAUCGCAGACCCCGAGGACGAGGCAGGGCCCAGCUGUGCCAGGCAUGCCCCCGCGCCGGGCCAGCCGGGCCCCGCCCAAAAGCCCCCCGGCGUGGUGGCCUACCAGGGAGGCGGGGAGGAGAUGGCGAGCCCGGCCGAGGCGGACGACUCGUACCUGCAGGAGUUCUGGGACAUGCUCUCCCAGACCGAGGACCAGGGCCCCGGGCCCCAGCAGGGGGCGGCCCCGGCGGCGGCGGCGGCGGCGGCGCCCGAAGCGCAGGUGGCCUCCGAGACCCCCAAGGACGCCAGGCGGGCCGAGGGGGCCAAGGACGCGUCCUCGGUCAAGCGCCGGAGGCUGCACCGGCUCCCCACGGAGCUCCAGCCGAAGGAGGAGCCCAAGCACCCGGACGAGGAGCCGCAGGAAGGCGUCCCCAACAGCGACGAGGGCUACUGGGACUCCCCCACCCCCGGGCCGCGGGAGGACGGCUCGGGCGGCGGCGUGAGGAAGGCGGGCGUCCCCCGGGACAGCGACAGCGGUGACGCGCUCUACGACCUCUACGCCGAGCCCGAUGGAAGCCCCGCGGCCCUGCCCGCCGCCGCCGAGGACACGUCCUGCUCGUCCCGGUUAAAGCCUGUGUCUCCGGUCACCGUCACCUGUGCUCUGCGAACGCCGGGGAGCUUGCCGAAGGACUCCAAGAUCCCGAUCAGCAUCAAGCACCUCGCGAAUCUUCCACCCAGCCACACCGUGGUGCACCAGCAACCAGCUAGGAGCGAGCUGCCCAGAACCAAAAUCCCCGUGUCCAAGGUGCUGGUCCGCCGGGUCAGCAGCCGGGGCUUGGCCGGGACCACCCUCCGGGCCGCGGCGUGCCACGACAGUGCCAAAAAGUUGUGAGGUCUCCGAGGCCGAGGUGGAGGGGCCGCUUGUCGAGGAACACAACUUUCCCCGGAAACCACUGCGGCAAGUUUUGCACCCCUCAAAGAAAGGACUUUCGGACCGUCCCUGCUCCGAGCCUGGACCAAGGAGGUCUUUGUGUCGCCAGCAGGGGCAGGAUACACCAGGCAGGGGAUGCCACACGCGGGAUUUCCCCUCCAGAUAAGUCCCUGAGAAUUAUUUUCAAGCACUUUUUUUUUCUUUUUUACCUUUUUAAAAAAUCUUUUUUUUCUUUCUUUUUUCUUUAAUGCACUGAACGCUAGGAAGUCACCUUUACUUGCCUUUGCAGAAGACAGAACUUAAUCCAAUCUAAGGAAGCGUCACGCCAUGAUAUUUGGCUGUGCCGUGUCCAGCGGGCCUGCAGGAACCAUCGGGAGAAUCAGAGGAGCCCUCCUCUUCCUGACACUUUCCUUCCUUCUUUUCCUUUUCCUUUCCAGGAAAAAAAAAAAAAAAAAAAAAAGGACCCUUUGCUGUAUCACUGUGUGGAAAACACCUACAAAGCUGAGUCAGGUAAUUUACCUGAUGAGCGGAAGCACCACUGAUUGGCAGAAACCCCGGUACUUUCAGUUGCUAGGCGUGCAAAUAGGUAUUUAUCUACCACUAGGACGAUCAAGGAGAGUUUGGGUUUGGUGGGUUUAUUUCGAUCAUUUGUUUGGAGAGAAAAAAAAAGCUCAGCAGAGCAGGUUUCUCUCCCUUUUUUUUUUCCACCCAGUGCAGAGAUCAAGAUCAGGGAAAGAUUGCACUAAAUGCCAACAGACACAGUGUUUUAGCAUUUAUAAACUGUAACCUUUUCAUGUGUAGAUGAUGCAUAUUUUACAGAUUAUCCAGCUGUCAACCUUUUAUAAUCUGUCCGUAACCUCGAGUUUAAAAUCUGGUUUUAUAGCUAGACACGAUAACCGUUCCCAAACCAUUGAUGGUCUUUUAUGUACUCUAAGCGGAAGCAAUUCUGUUUUUUGUUUUAUGUGGGUUCUCUGGCUUUCAGUGCAGGAAAAAUAAUCUAUUGUGUUGAUGUCCCAAAGGAAUGGUUCUGCCUUGUCUUGGGUUAAGAGUCUGUUUGUUUUUCACCCCAGACCCUGGUUUUCAGAGAUUUUACCUUGGUUAUAAAAAUUUUGGAUUCAACCGUUUCUCAGUAUGGGGAGUCCAAAACGAGGAACACAUAAAGAAAAACAAUAGAAAAUGUAGUUUUUCCUGUCAUUUGACUUCUGCUUUAUAGACUUAGGACUGAGCCACGUAUGUUCAGAAUAUGACACUGGGAAGCUUAUGUAUCAUAAACA